GCCAGUGACUGUCAUUGUCAGUAAAAAAAUGUAUUUGUUUAUUUAUUUAUUAUAAGAUUUAUAUAAAUUUAAUGAAAUGGAUAAGAUCGGAAUUAAAAAUGAAUUCUUUCCACAAUACGGGACGAUAUCUUAUUGCCACGCAUGCUUAAGCUCAGACAGGAUUCUUUCAACUGUGACCGAAUAUGUCGAUAUCAUCGAUAUCUUUUACAAAAUCCUGGAUAAUCAGAAUAUGAUGCUUCCAAAUGAACUGUAUUUAUGCUGGGAAUGUAUAGGAAUACUAAAGAAAAUAAUGAUGUUCAAAAAGAAGAUUGUAGAAGCCCAGAAGAUACUUCAAUUAUAUUAUAUUAAUAAACAGGACCCCUUUCCCCAAUCUCUUUCAAAUCUUACCCCUCACACCAACAACCACCAGAUAUGUUUCACAUAUGAAGAGAACGAAAUAAAAGCCAUCAAAGAAGAGAUUGACAUUUACGAUGAAUUCGACCACUUUGACAAUGUUAAAGAUGAACCUGAACUCAAUGAGCCAAAUGUAUCAAAUGUUACGGUACCGGAUAAUGUUACGGAAACCAUUCCGGAAACAUUACCAAAUGUUACGGUAUUGGGUAAUGUUACGGAAACCAUACCGGAAACAAACGAUUGGAAGGAAUUUAACAUGAAGAGAAUAAUGAAUAGGAAAGCGAAGUAUAGAUUUUUGAAUGCGAAUCUCAGGAAACAUAGAAAGUUGUUAGUCAGGAAGAUACCAAUAGAGCUUGGUGCUGUUUUGAAUGGGUUGGAGGAGGAGAGGAGUGGAGAUUCUUUUUUAAACGAGGAAUAUAAAUGUGUAAGUUGUGUGGCAAUGUGGCGUGAUGAAGACGGGUUGGUUAAACAUCAGAGGAAGUAUCAUGAUGAGGCAAUUGGACCAUACCAAUGCAAAAUAUGCAAGAUCCGCUGCCCAUCCCAGGAGAAGCUUCAAGCACACCAGACGAAGCACUAUUACCGGAGGGAAUGCAAGGUGUGCCGGCUGCAGUGUUGCUCGCAGCCCGGCAUGGACCGACAUCUCGAGCAGCAUGACCGGAUGGUGCAGUGUUUAGCCUGCGAGCUGUGUUUCAAGGAAUGCAAGGUGUGCCGGCUGCAGUGUUGCUCGCAGCCCGGCAUGGACCGACAUCUCGAGCAGCAUGACCGGAUGCACUAUUACCGGAGGUCAUGCAAGGUGUGCCGGCUGCAAUGUUGCUCGCAGCCCGGCAUGGACAGACAUCUCGAGCAGCAUGACCGGAUGGUGCAGUGUUUAGCUUGCGAGCUGUGUUUCAAGAACGUGCGGUUAUUCUACAACCACUACAAAGAGUUACACGCGAAGUUCGUGUGCGAUGUUUGUGGCAAACGGUGCAAGUCGCGCGCCAUCAUUGAGAAACAUCUUAGGUACCACUUCGGCUACGAAUGCCCGUACUGCAAGAAGAAACUAAAGAAUUCCACGUCAUACAAGAACCAUGUCGAAACGCAGCACACAUCUUCCGUCUCAGACAGCUCGUACUGCGUGCAGUGCGACAGGAGAUUCACGAGCGACCGCAUGUACAAGCGACACUUGCAGAGCAGCGCGGCGCACGCGGCAGAGCGGGACAACACUAGGGCCAAGCGAAAGUACCCCUGUCCCGAGUGUAACAACGUGUACUCAAGGCGCACGUACAUGAACAACCACUACCGGCACGUGCACGCCAAGCAGAGCAAGUACUACUGCGAGGACUGCGACCGGCAUUUCCUGAAUCGCACGCGCUACCUGGACCACAGGCGGUUCCAGCACGAGGGCGUGAAGAGAGACAAGGACAAGCUGUGCAAUAUAUGCGGCCGAGGUUUUGCGGCAAACAGAACGCUAGUGAAUCACAUCCGGACGCACUCCGGCGAGCGUCCGUUCUCUUGCGAGUACUGCGGCGCCAAGUUCACGCAGAAACACGCCAUGCUGUCACACGUGAAGUAUAUACACCUGAAGAGCAAGCGGAAAGCUAGCUGGCACGAGUAGACGCGUACCCGGACGCGUACCCGGGUACCCGUGUCCGGCAGAGGGUUGUCGGUUGACGAGCAAGCGUAAAGCGAGCUGGUACUAGUAAUCACGACCCAGGUACGACGCGCCAUGCUGUCACACGUGAAGUAUAUACACCUGAAGAGCAAGCGGAAAGCUAGCUGGCACGAGUAGACUCGUUUGCCAGGGUACCCGCGUCCGUCAGUGACACAGGUUCA